AGCUUUCAUAUAUUAUGCAAGAGGCGUGAGAAGGGAAAACACGGAGAAGCAAUGGAAACUUUGCUAUACACUAAAAGGAAAAUCUGCACCAUUUUGAUAUCGAAGUCGAUCUGGAUCUCGACAGUGACAGGCUUGAGCGUGGUUCUUCUACUUUUCCUCCUCCCCACCUCGCUUGAUGCCCAAGCCCACACAAAUUUUAUCUUCAACCAAUUCAAUGUGUCGACCCUCGAAUUGUAUGGGAAUGCUACAGUGCAGUCCAAGGCCAUCUCCCUUAAUAGUCGAUUGCAAUUCGGUAUGGGCCGAGCUUUCUAUAGACACCCUGUGCGUAUGAAAGAUCGCGGCUCAAUGAAUUCUACUUUCUCUUUCAGCACAACUUUUGUGUUUAGCAUUAUUCCUUCUUCGCCUUCACAACCUGGGUUUGGACUGGCGUUUAUGAUGACGCCCCACAAAUCUCUUGAGGGAUUUUUCCCAAGUCCGUACCUUGGCUUGAUAAGAAAUUUAUCAGUUAUGGGACAGGCCUCUAAUCAUCUGUUUGCGGUCGAGUUCGACACGUUAAGGAACUUGGAAUUUCACGACAUCAACAACAAUCACGUUGGUGUUGAUCUCAACGACCUUUGGUCUGCUAACUCUACGCCUGCAGGUUACUGGAUAAACAGCAGCAAAUUCCAGGAAUUGGAUCUCAAAAGCGGACAGAAUAUUCAAGCUUGGAUUGAUUAUGAUAAUCUUCACAAGGAGCUCAAAGUCACCAUUGCGGAGGCUGGUCUAGAUCGCCCACAAAAACCACUCUUAUAUGUGAAAAAUAUGUCCCUAUUCAACAUUGUAGAAGAAGAAAUGUACGUUGGUUUCUCAGCAGCUACGGCAAGCAUUUAUGAAGAGAAUUACAUCCUGGCCUGGAGCUUUACUAAAAACGGAACCGCUCUGUCCCUGAAUACAUCUAAUCUUCCAUCAUUUAUACACAGAAAAUCCAAGAGCUCAAACUCCAAACUGAUAGCUGGUAUCAGUACAGCUUGCAUCGUCCUCAUCGUCCUGGUGGUCGCAGCAUCACUUGUGUGGUUGAAAAGAAACCAGUACACAGAUCUUAUCGAAGAAUGGGAGACAGAGUAUUGGCCUCACAGGUUUAAGUACAAAGACCUACAUAUUGCAACCAAGGGCUUCCGAGAGGAAUGGCUUUUGGGAUCCGGAGGCUUCGGUCGGGUAUACAGAGGAGUCCUUCCCACAAACGGACUCCAAGUAGCGGUGAAAUGUAUCCAUAGACAAACCGAUGAUGGGGUGAAAGAAUUCGUAGCGGAAAUCUCUAGUCUUGGUCGCCUUCAACAUCGAAAUCUUGUGCAGAUCAGAGGCUUCUGUAGGCGGGAAAACCAGUUAUUCAUAGUUUAUGACUACAUGCCGAAUGGGAGCCUGGAUAAGAUGUUAUUUGGAAAGCCAAAGAAGGUACUUGAAUGGAGUCACAGGUACAGAGUCCUCAGAGAUGUGGCUGCAGGUUUGUUGUAUCUUCACGAAGAGUUGGAGCAAUGCAUAGUACACAGAGACAUUAAGUCCAGCAAUGUUUUGCUAGAUUCGGAUCUUAAUGGGAAGUUAGGGGAUUUUGGACUUGCCCGUCUGUACGAGCACAACAAAAACUCACACACUACUCGUGUGGUUGGAACGCUCGGGUACAUCGCACCGGAGCUGGUACACACAGGAAAGGCCAGCCCCGCUACGGAUAUGUUCAGCUUUGGUAUUUUUAUGUUAGAAGUUGCUUGCGGAAGGAGACCUAUCGAUUCCUCUCUCCAACCUGCUAAGACGAUCAUGGUGGAGUGGGUGAGAGAGUUAAACUGCACAGACAGUCUGAUGGAUGCAGCAGACCCGAAUCUUGGUGGGCAAUAUGUUGAAGCUGAGAUGGAGAAAGUGCUCAAACUGGGACUGCUCUGUUCUAAUCGUCAGCCAGAAGGUAGGCUUGGAAUGAGACGAGUUCUGCAAAUACUUGAAGAAGAAGCUCCAAUUCCAGGUUUUGAUGCCCCUUAUGUUUUGGAGUUGAGCUCACCGAGCAGUGCGUCGAAGUCUGUUCCGGAUUACAGUCACAGCAGUGACGCUUCCAUUUCCAAGUCUUUGGACGCACGAUAGAGUCUGCGCAAUUAGGUCAAGCUCGUUUUCUGAUGGUAUCAAUGUGUAUGGUGUUCUGUUUCUGCAAUAACCUUCUUCGUUAGUGUCUGUAUAGACCUCUUUUUAGGGACUGACCUUGGGUUUUAGACUUAUGGAUAUGGGUGUUUGAAUUGUAUUUGGAUACAAUGUGUAAUUACUGCUAAAAUAUGUAUCUUUUAAUGGCAGGUAAGUCGUAG